UAAAGAAAGUAAAAAGAAAGAGUCUCUUUCUCGCGCCAUCUUCUGACACCAAAAAAAAAUUUUGGUUGAGAUGUUGCAUUGAAUUGCACACUCUUCUUCCUUUACUCUUUGCUUUCAACCAAAGAGUAAUAUAACUGUUGUUUUACUCUUUGCUUUCAACUGACUUGUCGUCUGAAUCGACCAGCUGUUUUCAUUGAUAAUUAUUAUAGUUUUAAAAACUGUAAAUUGAUUAAAGUUAACAUUUGAAAGGUGAUUUAACAAUGUUGAUAAAUGAACUUCCAGAUGAUUGUUUGCUGACUAUUUUUUAUCACUUAAAAGAUUUACAAGAUUUAAUAAACUGUUACAAAGUUUGCGAAAAAUGGUGUAAUUUAAUCGUCGGUCGGACAAAAAGAGUCAAAUAUUUGAUUAAUCAAUCGUGUUAUUCGCCUGAUUAUGUUUGCAAUCACGUAAAGCGACCUGUUGGUGCAACAUGUUUGAGCACAUUGUUUCCAAAUUUAAGGAUUGCCUACUUUUCAUCCCUUUUAUUUGAAAAAGUACCGAUCAAAGAUAUUUUUAAAGUAAUCAGAGAUUCAAAAUAUUUGAAAGGAAUAAUGAUUGAUACUGAUUUUGGCUUUGAAUUGAUGCCGGAAAUCGCUAAUUUCGAAAUGUUAUCUAUCGGAUAUGUUAAUCCAAACAUAAGUGGAAUCUAUGAAAAUGUGAAACAAUUGCACCUGCGGUGCUCUAAUUUAUAUUUAUUCGAAUUGGUCCAUUAUUUCCCAAAUCUUGAAAGGUUAAAAUUUUAUAAGGAACCAGAAUCAUCAGAACCUUACUAUGAUGCUCCAGUAUUGGCAAAUCUUAAAAUACUUGAAAUGGAGCGGCCUCACGUUUACUGGGAAGACGCUUGGUGUUCAUUUGUAUUCAUGGAUUUGUGCCCAGCAUUACAGAGUGCUCAUAUCAGGAUUAGUUGCUUUCCCAUCGACGUCAAUGAUUCAAUAAAACUUGCAAACUUACAAGAUUUGGUUAUAGAAUUUUACGAUUCAAUCGAAUGGAAUGACCUACAAAGACAGAUGUCCAAAUAUCCGAAUCUAAAGCAUUUGGCAAUACGAGCCACUUAUUUACAACAUGUAAGAGAGGAAAACAUCAAGGAAUUAAUACUAAUUUUGCCAAAACUGACACUACUUGAUGUUCGUAAAUCUUAUGGAAUCACUCAAGAAGGUGCUGAUCAUAUUCGGAAUUAUUGUAAACAGCAUGGCCGAUCAAUCAAGUUUUAUUUUAAUAAAGACGACGAACAAAUCAAAUCUGAUUGGCCGCAGUUAUUAAAUCAUCCAUUUAAAAUCUGUCGUGGAUUUGAUUUCAUGGAAAAUUGUUUUUUCAAAAGUUUCGAUGAUUUGCCUUAUUUUUUGGAUCCAAUAGAUGAUUAAUGAAAUGAAAACUGCCAAUCCCUUGCAAUUUUUCUAAUUUUCAGCUAUGAGGUUUAGGAUGUCGAAAAAACGGUGUCUUAUACCACUAUAUCUUACUUAGACCCUAAUUAUCGAUCUUAGAUGGAGUUGAUGGGUCAUUACAGUAAUCAGUUCGGCUAAUCAUUAGUUUGGAAAUAUUCAGACUCAAAACUUUUAUUCGCCAAUGAGAAACCAAUUGAUAGAUAUUUCAAAUAAUUAAGCAAUGCCAUUCUUAUUCAAUAUCAAACCUUCAAGAUUUCGAGAGAUUAUAAUAGUUACCUAUGUAUUUUUAUUUUAUAUUUUAAUGCCAAUUUAUUGAUAUUUUUCCAAGAGUAAAAACGUCAAGAAUAAAAAUUAUGUCAAAUCGUUGUUUGACAUAACCUUUCAACUUACUUCGUUCAUAAAAGAUACCGAAUUUUGUAGAGCUUUAAUAUUUUCUCUAAAUGACAGUAUGAACCAAACAUUCAUUUUAUUAUAAUAACUUCAGCUGCUCAUAAAAACCAAUGUAAUUUCAAGUGCAUUAAAAACGGACUUGUUGAAUAAAAAUACCCAAAAAGCCGUAGAAAAAAUACCUGAGCUUGUGUUUCCUCAAUUCGACUAGAUAACUUCACACCAUAAAAAGGACGAAAUCUCAUAAAUUAAUGUUUUUUCUGUUGCCAAUGUUAAGGAUACAUUAUGGUAAAUUAUCUGUACUCUUGUAAUUUUGAUACCCCUAAAUGAGCCACGGCUAACAGCGAAUGGCGUUUGAGCCGCUUAGCCAUACGGCUCAGCGUCAGCUCUAGCGUGGCCAAUGGCAAUUUAUCCAGAUCUACUUUCUAGUGAUUUGUUGUCUCAAUCGACUAGCUGUUUUAUUUAAUAAUAAUUAUAGUUUUAUUAACUAGAAAUUGAUUGUAGUUGACAUUUCAAAGCUGCUUUAAAAAUGUUAAUAAAUGAACUUCCAGAUGAUUGUUUGCUGGCUAUUUUUGAUGCCAUACAAGAUUCAAAAGAUUUAAUAAACUGCUUCAAAGUUUGCGAAAAAUGGUGUAAUUUAAUCGUCGGUCGGACAAAAAGAGUCAAAUAUUUGAUUAAUCAAUCGUAUUAUACGCCUGAUUGUGUUAGUAGUUACGUAAAUCCACCAAUUGAUGUAACAUGUUUGAGCAAAUUGUUUCCAAAUUUAAGGAUUGCCGAACUUUCCUUCCCAUUACACAAAAAAGUACCAAUCGAAGAUAUUGUUAAACUAGUCAGAGAAACAGAAUCUUUGAAAGGAAUCAUUUAUGAUAAAUAUUUAUAUUUCAAAUUGAAACUGGAAAAAGCUAACCUCGAAAUGUUAUCUACCCGAUGUUUUGAUAAAAAACUAAAUGGAAUCUAUGAAAAUGUGAAACAAUUCCACCUUUAUGACUGUAAUUUAGGUCUAUUCGAAUGCAUCGCACAUUGUUUUCCAAAUCUUGAAAGGCUACACAUUUCUAAGUUAGCAGAUUUACCAGAAGAUUACUUUGAGGCUCCAGUAUGGGCAAAGCUUAAGAUAGUUGAAAUAAAUUUGCAUCUGAAUAGUUGGGUAGGCGCUUGUUGUUCAUUUGUAUUCAUGGAUCGGUGCCCAGCAUUACAGAGUGCUCAUAUCAAAAUUGAAUGCUGUGAAAUUAUUUUCGAUGGUUCAAUAAAACUUGCAAACCUUCAAGAUUUGGUUUUACAAUUUUACAAUCCAAUCGGAUGGGAUGACCUACAAAGACUAAUGUCGAAAUUCCCAAAUCUAAAGCAUUUGGCAUUACGGAAUACCUAUUUAAGUGAUGAUCACAUCAAACAAUUAAUAUUAAUUUUGCCAAAACUGACACUACUUGAUAUUCGUGAAUCUCCUGGAGUCACUCAAGACGCUUCUAAUCAUGUUCGAAACUAUUGUAAGCGGUAUGGCCGAUCAAUCAAGUUUUAUUUCAAAGCCGACGACAAGCAAAUUGAAGCUGAUUGGCCUCAGCUAUUGAAUCGACCAGAUAAAAUCUGUCGUGGAUUUGAUUUCAUGGAACAUUGUUUUUUCAAAAGUUUCGAUAAUUUGCCUCUUUUUUUGGAUCCAAUAGAUGAUUAAAAAAAUGAAAAAAACUGCCAAUCCUUUGCAAUUUUUCUGCUUUUCAGUUGUGAGGUUUAGUUUGCUCAAAGAAAUGUCGCAUACCUCGAUAUUUUACGCAGACCAUCAUUAUGGAUCUUACAGUUUGUUAGAUGAAAUUGAUGGACCAUUACACCAAUCAAUGCUGGUAACCGCUAGUCUUGAAUUAUCCUCACUCUUUGUGUCCUUCAAACAAGAAUUUAAGCUGCAAAGUGAAACCUAUGAUAUACAAAGUUAUUUUUGUUUGAACCAAUGACCUUAUUUUCAUAAAAUAAAAACUCUCGAGUUGAAAAGUAUCUUUA